AUGCUGGCGAAGAAGAAGAUGAGGCUGGACAUUUGCAGGUUCUUGACAUUGGAUGAAGCAGACAAGCUGGUGGAUGGGGAUUUUGAGGAUGUCACGAGGUACAUAUUCGACCACUUGAAAGGGCAAAGGCAGACCCUUCUAUUCUCCGCCACCAUGCCCACCAAAGUGCACGAGUUUGCUCGAAGAGCGCUGGUGAAGCCGGUGACGGUGAGCGUGGGGAGAGCUGGUGCAGCAAAUCUGGACGUGAUUCAGGAAGUUGAGUAUGUGAAGCAGGAAGCCAAGAUUGUGUACCUUCUCGAGUGCUUGCAGAAGACUCCACCCCCGGUCGUGGUAUUCUGUGAAAACAACGCUGCCGUGUGUAAAGUCCAUGAGUAUCUCCUUGUGAAGGGAGUCGAUGCCGUCUCUUUUUAUGGGAAGGAGAUGGAGCAGACGGAUAGGGACCGUGCGGUUGCGUUGUUUAAAGCGGGGAAGAAAGACGUCUUGGUUGCUACUGAUGGUGCCUCCAAGGGUUUGGAUUUCCCCAACAUUCAGCAUGUGAUCAACUACGACAUGCCGGCAGAGAUAGAGAACUACGUCCAUAGGAUUGGACGAACUGGGAGAUGUGGUAAGACUGGGCUUGCUACCACGUUUAUAAACUCGCAGCAGAGCGAGACGACGCUCCUUGAUCUGAAGCACCUGUUGCAAGAAGCAAGACAGAGGAUUCCACCUGUUCUUGCAGAAUUGAGUGACCCAGUGGAGCUUGGUGUGGUUGGUACCGCUACCAACGCUGAUGGUUGCGCUUACUGUGGUGGUCUUGGCCAUCGAAUCAGCUCCUGUCCGAAGCUGGAGCAACAAAGAAGCCAGCAGCUAGCUAGCUUAAGAAGUAGGGAUUACUUUGGUUCUGGAGGGUAUAGAGGAGAGAUGUGA